AGAUCUCAGUUUAGCUUGAGCGACGGGGGGGUAUACACGUCACUCUCGCUUCUUCCUUCACUGACUUGGCCAGCAUCUUUCCGGGGACUUGUACGAAAUAUUUUAAGCCCAAAACGACGGAAGAACUGAUGUGUGAGAGUAAUACUUAUGACGAUUUUCUUCACCAGUGAUUAAUUACGGUGUAAAUAAGGUUCUUUAAAAUCAUUAUUUAGUGGGGAAAGUGUAAUUACCUCGUUAGUGCUGUGAUAGUCGUCUUUAACGACGACCAUUAGGGUUUACCUGCGUAAGAAAUAACAUUGGAAUUAAAAGGUACAAUACCGAGACCGGAACAAUACAGGUAACUAAUGACUACGUUUCGCUCCGACUAGUUGAUCUGACACUCAAAAGAUGGAGUUGUUACUCAAGUGGUUGUUUGUGUUGGUGUUGAGUGUUAGUUACAGCUGGUCGUCCAGGGUCGUCCUGACAGACCAAGGCUACCAGGGUGUGGUAGUGGCCCUCGACGAGGGUCUUCCACUUACGAUCUGCCAACAAGUUCUUGAGGGACUUCAAGAUGUGUUGAGUGCCGCUUCCAGAGUGGUAUUUACUGGCACUCGGGGCCGUGCCAACUUCCACAGCGUCACUGUACUAGUGCCCCCGUCAUGGUCCCCGACCGGAUGCCCACUAAUAUCUGGUCUCCAGAAUGCCACCAGUGAGACCUGGCAGGGGGCAGAGAUGAGGGUGACACAGGGUAGGCACCCUCAACAUGGCACUCGACCCUGGACGCUCCAGACCCGUGGAUGUGGGCACCUAGGGGACUACAUCUCCAUGGGGUACGAAUUCCUCCUCCAGAACAACACUGGAAUUACUGCUAACAACAGGUUUUGUACUCUCUUCAGGAACAUUGAGGGGAGACUACAGGAAAGUGAUCUUACUGUGAAGUAUGUACGUGCUCGGCUCCCCAGGAUUGUUCUCCUUAUUGAGGAUACAAGUGUUAUGAUCGUACAGAAGCGGUGGGAUUUCAUGCGCAAGGCUGUGAGGAAGUUAGUAACAUAUGAUGUUCCUGAUGGCUACAGUGUUGGGCUGGUUGUGUUUGACUCCAUUGCAGCCACCAAAUACCCCUUGACUACACUCACUGAUGGUGCCACUAGGGAGAAGGUGGGCUCUUCGCUGCCCCGCAAUCCUUCGCAGGAAGGCGAACACAAGAGGUGCAUUGUGUGUGGCCUGCGUGAGGCCCUCCGCUUGCUUCGUCAAGAUGGCCCUGGUGGACACAUUGUCAUGGUGACAGGUGGGAGUGGUAGUCUUGCUGAAUCUGAAGCUACAGAGGCUAUGCACAUGCUAUCAGAUUCUAGUGUGUCACUCCAUGCCAUCAUAUACCCACUCACUGAGAAAUACCCUAGACCUAAUGCAGGGUUAGAGACAUUGGCAACACGAUCUGGAGGCCACAACUUCAUUGUUCCUGAUGAAGGUAUUGGUGCCGAUUCUAAGCUAGGAAUGUACUACAACUUGCUGGAUUCAUUAUACCAUACCCUGAGUGCUGUGGCUGGUCGCUCUGUUCUGCCAGUUAAAGUUCACUCAGCAGAGCAUCCUGGAGGUAAAGUACCAGUGUCAGAGGGCAGCUUCCUUGUGGAUCCAGCUUUAGGGGCUGACACAGUCUUUGCUAUCUUCUACUAUGAUGUUGCCCAUGUUGGUAACCUAAUUCACCUAGUGAGUCCUCAGGGUCAAGUCAUCGACACAGCUAAUAUGCAAAAAGAAGACGCCAACAUCAAUAUGAUCACUGUACGGCUGGCCGAGGCGCAGGUCACUCCUGGACUAUGGCAGUACAAGGUGGGAAAUAGAGCAGAUUCUCAUCAGGCCCUCUAUGUACAGGUUACCUCCCGCCCACGCCUGCGACCUGGUGCACCCCCGGUCAAUGCCAGGGCAUGGACAAGUCAUUCUAUGGGAAUUGUCAAUGCCAGCGAUAUAUCCAGACCUCUUGCUCUGUACACAGAAGUGGUUGCAGGUGUGGCUGGUGUGGAGUCAGCCACAGUCACUGCCACCAUCACCAGACUUGGUUACACCAACAAUGGCACUCAUCAUCCUCCUCUCAAGGUCAACUUGUUUGAUAAUGGGCUAACAGGUCCAGACAUGAUGCGUGGUGAUGGGGUGUACUCUCGGUACGUGCCAUGGCUGGUGGCUGGCAAGUACAGUGUGACAGUGCAUGUGCAGGGUGAGGUGGAAGGUAACAAGUUUGUGCGUCAUGUAAGACUGGGUAUGGUAGAUGUUGUGGGUACUCCACCAGUUCGUGAUGCACUCCCGCCUGCCAGGGUUGUUGAUCUCCGUGCUGCUCUACUUCCAAACACUGUCAAUCAGGUGGGCUUUACCUGGACAGCACCCGGAGGUGACCUUGACUAUGGAACAGCUGAUCGCUAUGUCGUGAUGGCUUCACAAAAGCAGCAUGAUCUGAGUGAGGGUGGAGGCAAUCUCUUGGAGGGAUGGGCAGCACCAUAG